AUGCAUCUUUCCAAGUUCUUGAUCACGGCCAUCUUUGCGGCCCCGUACGUUGCGGCCCUCGCCGUGCCCGUCCAGGACGCCUACAACGGCGACAUCGAGGCCCGCUACGCCGAGCCUGAGGCACUCCCCAUCGCCGCUGUCGAUGUCGACGCCGCCGAGGUGACCGGCAUUGACGUUGACGCCGACGUAACCGACAAGGGCAAGGGCAAGAAGGGCAAGAAGGGCAAGGGAAAGAAGGGUAAGGGCAAGGCUAAGGGCAAGGCUAAGGGCAAGGGCAAAGCUAAAGGCAAGGGAAAGGCCAAGGGAAAGGGAAAGGCGAAGGGGAAGGGUCCCGCUAAGCCUCCCGCCAAGGGCAAGGGAAAGGCCAAGGGCAAGGGCAAGGGCCCCAAGGAGGAGGGUGAGGCUGCCGAGUAA